AUGUCGCGCAAGCUGCUGUACCCGGGGACCAAAGCCGACCGGCUGCACUACGUCACCAUCCGAUUCGUGCCACUGUUGGCGGUCGGAGUGUGGCUGCUGUGGCCGCUCUACGCACCACCGACGCUUGAUCACGCGGCACUGACCGAUACGAGUCGACCCGAGCCCAAGGCAUCGUUUUGGCUCUAUCUCACCGGCUUUGCCUUGCCGUACUCGCUCACAGCGUCGGCUGUCGGCUACGCGCUCUACGGCCUUGUCCUCCCGCUGCCAUCGAUGCGGAUCCUCCUCCCGUUGGCCGUCGGUGUUUCACUGCUCGACAGUGGGCUGCGCGCAAUGGCGUUCCUACUCGAGUGGUCACCGUUGAGCAUCGUACUACCGCUCUGCACUAUUCCGGCCUCCAUUCCGUUCUUCCUUGUCCUUGGCUGGCACGCGUACUCACGCGGGCAAGAUCGUCACGCUGUAACUGAAUGGCUCUCGGCCCGUAACGAUCGCACGGCCCAUCUCGUCGACUUUCUCUUUCGGAAAGACAUCGCCCCCUCAGGCUCGCCACAUGCUGGUGCUGUGGCCGCGGGUGCCGCCAGCGCUGCUGAUGCUGUUGCAAGACAUGCGGCGGGCUCAUCGUCCGAGACCACAAGCUCGGGGCCGGGAUCGUACUCGGACGCGUACGAGAGCACCAGCCCGUCGGCAUCGGAAGCACAAGAAGUUAUGUGGGUCUCCGACUGGGAUUCCAGCGGCUCCAGCAACGGCCGCUCAGAGAUUCUCGGCGGGCCUGUCCGGUCGGGAUCGUCGUCGCCGGAGCCUACCGUCGAAUCGUAUGCAGGCACGGAGUCGGAGUUGGACCUGCGGUCGGGAUCAUCAUCACCGGACGAGUACACGGUGAUGAGCGAGAGCUCGCGAUAUGUUGCCGAUAGCAGCGCGGCCGAAUAUGCCGAGGAGCACUCGUUUGUGCGCACAUUUCUGUGGAUGGCUGCGUUGCUUGUGGUCAUCCUGGUCACGUACGCCUUUUGUCAGGUCUUCACCGCGUUCUUCAUCGAGCUCUCACGCGAGUCUCUGUCGGCCACCACACAGGCUCUCUUUGUCUUUGCCUUUUCGGUCCCGCUCCUCCUCUUCAAGACGCUGACCAAGUUUGUGGUCGGCAAGUUUGAUGCAGUCCACGAGGCCGACAUCAAGCCUGUGGCAUUGUACACCAUGGACCUGUUCUUCUUCGUCUUUCAGCGCAACCUGUUCCUCGAGGUCGAAUCAUACGCGGUCAUUCUGUUUGUCAACGUCUACGAUGUCCUCGUUGACGUGGUUGUGUACGGACUCCUUGCGUCGCGGCCGUCACACCGGGUCCAGUCGUGGUUCGCGUCAUCAGUGCAGUCGGUCCCGUGCCUCGGCACUCUCGUCCCGCGGCCGGUCUCUUACGAACUCUUUGUCCAGCAGUCGAUCAUGGACUUUUUCUUCUACGUAGUCGCUGAGACCAUGUCACUCAUUGCCUUUGGCAGCUACACCGUCCUCCUCCACUACUCGCAUAACGCGCCGGGCUAUCGGUUCUCCGAGCGCGAUGGCGUGGGCCACGACGAUGAGCUGCCACGAUUUGUGGCAUACAUGUUCAUCACCCUCGGCUUCUCCAUAAUCUCGGUCCUCCUCAUCCGGUACCUGCACUCGCGGGCGCUCAAUGUGACUUCGUUCGAGGUCGGCGCCCUCGUUCUCCGCGCCCCGCGUGUCCGGCUUGCCCUCGUCCUCGUCGCCAUUCAUGUUCUUCAGGAUCUGUAUCUUGCCAUCUUCAAGCUCAACUUUGCCGCGCCAUGA